GCUGGGGCUCGGGGGGAAUGUGGUCGCCGCGGUCGCCGUCCUGACGCUCUUCAUCGCCAGGAGGAACGCGUCUAGAGCCGAGGUACUGGUCCGACUGUGUUCAGAACUGAUUAACUGCUCUGGUAAAUUAGUUCGUAUCAAAGUAAAUAGGAGUAUAUCUUAAUCGAUACUUAUAGUGGAUACAUGGUUGAUGGCACCAACUUAUUAUUUGCUGGUGAGGCAUCGCAGCACCGAGCAAAAUCGCAUACAAGUUCAGCUCAGUUUGCUUGCAAUUGGGCCUCUCGAGUUUGAGGAUGUCUGAAAGCACGAAGACAGUUAACUAGUGACAGAGACAACAAUACAACAUAUAUGAUUAUUUGCGGGACCUGUCAUUCUCAAGGUGUUAUUAUUGUCUGUUUACAAAUUCUAGGACAGUCGGAUGCUGACAGCUAUUUCUUACAGGCAGACCAUUUAUGUACUUAUACUAAUCUAGAGUGUUGAGUUUACUAUCUAUUAAACAAUAGGUUGAAACAGGGGUUCAGUUAAUAAUAUGCUGAAGGAUGAAUUGCUAUGCAACUUCCAUGUAUUUCAGAACUCACUGAAGGUCUUUGUUGCCGGUUGGUUUUCUACCAGUUGGAGUACUGAACUCAAAGAUUCUAGCUGAUGAUCUGUUUGAUGUUUCUAGUGGAGAACAAAUAUGUCCUGUUUGAAUAAGUGGAGAACUGAGAGUUGCUUAAAUGUUGCAGAAGUUUAAUCAUCAAAUAUGCCAUGUUUGCAACGAUAGUUAAUUAGACUUCAAUUAGCGAUUAUAAUUUUAUACACUGUUAUUACUUUUUGCCAAUGUUCUUUUAACGAUUAUAAUUUCACUCGCUGCUUCAGAACGUCAGGAGACGUUUACCAGAAAAGUUGUUUGUGUUCGGCAUACCUAGCUUUGCAGCCUGCCUUUCUUUGCUUGGACUAAUUGUGCUCGUAAAGAAGAAAAUUGAAGGGAUAGAUGUCCCAAACCACGAAUCAUUCUUCAGGUGCUCCCAGUUUCUUGCAUGGGUAGCUGUUCUUAUCUCUGCCAAUGGCCCUUGGUCCGAAAUAAUAUGCAACCCAAUCAUAUGCAUCUGCUGGAUGUUGAAGAUUCUUCUAGAGAUACCUCAUUUGCAAUACAAGCUUACAGAAAUGAAGAGAAGUUAACUCUAUCGAAGCUCCCCUCAUUCCGAGCAAUGAAAAUUCUGAGGCUGAAAAUGCAAACUUGAUAAAUAAGCAGCACAAUGUCUGGGAACUGUUGACUUUUAAGUCUGUUAAUCCAAUGAUGGACAUUGGUAUCAGAAGACAACUAGACUUCACAGAUCUACUUGAAUUACCCGCUGAGCUCAAAACUGCUUCCUGUUAUGACAAACUUCUGUCUUCCUGGACUGCUGAACAUCAAAAAUACCAUGCUGAUUCUUCUCUACUUAGAGCUAUGUUUUACGCUUAUGGAUGGUCCUACUUACGUUUGGGCAUACUAAAGGUGAUAAAUGACAGUAUCAGUUUUGUAAGCCCACUGCUACUCAACAAGUUCAUAAAGCUUAUUCAAGGUUCCGUUGGCAUGGAUGGAUAUAUUAUUGCCAUUUCCCUAGGAUUGACUUCGAUUAUCAAGUCAUUUUUAGAUACCCAGUACUCCUUUCGUCUUGCAAAGCUCAAGUUGAUGUUGCGAUCAAGCAUGAUGGGAAUAGUUUACCAGAAGUGUCUAUGCCUCAGUCUAUCUGAGCGUUCUAGGUUUUCUGAAGGAGAGAUUCAGACCUUCAUGUCUGUUGACGUUGACCGCACAGUAAACAUAUGUAACAAUCUUCACGAUGCUUGGAGCUUCCCAUUGCAGAUUGGACUUGCUCUUUACCUACUGUAUACACAAGUCAAUUAUGCAUUUCUAUCUGGACUUGCAAUAACAAUCAUACUGAUACCAGUGAACAAAUGGAUUUCUACAAGGAUUGCUACUGCCACACAAAAAAUGAUGAAGCAAAAAGAUGAGAGGAUAAGUUGUGCAGGAGAACUCUUAGCACACAUUAGAACAGUGAAGAUGUACAGCUGGGACAAACUAUUCACUCAACGCUUGAAUAAAAGAAGAGAACUAGAAGUGAAGCAUCUUGCGACUCGAAAAUAUCUGGAUGCAUGGUGUGUCUAUUUCUGGGCAACCACGCCAACAUUGUUCUCCCUUUUCACCUUUUCCAUAUUUGCAAUAAUGGGCCACUCACUGGAUGCCGCCACGGUUUUCACCUGUGUCGCACUCUUCAACACAUUAAUAUCUCCCUUAAACUCAUUGCCAUGGGUUAUUAAUGGGAUGAUUGAUUCUGUUAUCUCUAGCAGAAGAUUGCGCAACUAUUUGUCUACUCCAGAGCAUUGCUCUUCCGAGUUGACUAUCUCAAGUGACGUUGUAAAGGAUGAUUCCAACAGACAUACUGAAACAAUCUAUGAUCCCACAGCUGUUAUAAUCAGGAACCUAUGUUGUUCUUGGUCUAGUACCUCCACUGUUGAGCCCCAAAUAAUUCUCAGAGACAUAUCUCUGCAGCUACAGAAAGGCCUCUUCAUUGCAAUCGUAGGCGAGGUUGGUUCAGGCAAGUCAUCUUUGCUGAACUCUAUUAUUGGAGAGAUGUCUGUCAUCAGUGGUUCUAUUAACUCAUGCGGUUCAAUUGCAUAUGUACCACAGGUACCUUGGAUAUUAUCUGGGUCUUUACGGGAUAACAUUUUGCUUGGAAAAGGAUUUGACACAAGGAGAUAUGAAGAAGUAAUACAAGCAUGUACCCUUGAUGUUGACAUCUCAACAAUGAUUGGGGGAGAUAUGUCACAUAUUGGAGAGAAAGGUCUCAACUUAUCGGGUGGACAGAGAGCCCGUCUAGCAUUGGCAAGGGCUUUGUAUCAUGACUCUGAUGUAUACUUGUUCGAUGAUAUACUUAGUGCAGUUGACUCACAGGUUGCUUCAUGGAUCCUCGAAAAAGCCAUUAUGGGACCACAAAUGAAGCGAAAAACACGAUUAUUAAGCACCCACAAUCUCCAGGCUAUUUAUGCUGCAGAUAUGAUUGUGGUCAUGGCUAAUGGAUUUGUCAAAUGGUUCGGGACAUUGGACAGUUUCUUGGCAACUCCAUAUUCAAAAAUAUCUAAUCCAGAUAGUUCAUCUGCUGUCUCAGCAACAAGUUCACAAAAAAAUAAAGGACCAAGCACCUUUGAAUUCAACACUAAAGAUGUGCUUGACAAUGGUUCAGUGGUUGAUCAGGAGGAACAAAGAGAUCAGACUGAAGCAGAGGGCAGGAAAGAAGGCAUGGUUGAGAUAAUUGUGUACAAAAAAUAUGCAACACUUGCAGGGUGGUCAAUGGUAUUUCUGAUAUUUGUGAGUGCAUUCUUAAUGCAAGCAUCUCGUAAUGGCAAUGAUCUUUGGUUGACUUACUGGGUGGAUAGCAGUUCAGGCACCAAUAACACAAGAUUUUAUCUGACUAUCCUUGCUGGGUUUGGCAUAAUCAACUCCUUUUUCACAUUGGGAAGGGCAUUUUCUUUUGCAUAUGGCGGUCUGUGUGCAGCAAUUCAGAUACAUGCCGAUCUUCUUGGCAGUCUAAUUGGUGCCCCAGUUUCUUUUUUCGACCAAAAUCCCAGUGGCCGAAUACUGAAUAGAUUAUCGUCAGACCUCUACACUGUUGAUGAUUCCCUUCCAUUUAUCCUCAAUAUAUUUGUGGCCAACUUCUUCAGCUUACUUGGCACCCUUGUUGUUUUGUGUUAUUCACAGGUUACAUUUCUACUCAUCUUAGUCCCUCUCUGGCUUAUCUACAGCAAAGUGCAGUUCUAUUACAGGUCGACAUCACGUGAAGUAAGACGGCUUGACAGUGUUGCUCGUUCACCUAUCUAUUCAUCUUUUACAGAGACACUUGAUGGUUCAUCAACGAUAAGAGCAUUCCAAAAGGAGGGUUUUUUCUUAGAGAGGUUCAUCCAACAACUGACGCUAUAUCAGAAAACAUCCUACUCUGAACUUACUGCUAGUCUGUGGCUCUCAUUAAGACUCCAGUUGUUGGCAGGGUUGGUCAUUUUGUUCAUCGCCGUGAUUUCCGUUGUUGGCUUCCAUAGCAACUCUCCUGUUAAGUUUGGUACACCUGGACUGGUUGGCCUGGCGUUAUCGUAUGCAGCACCUGUUGUAUCACUGUUGAAUAGCUUCUUAACCACUUUUACAGAGACAGAAAAGGAAAUGAUCUCUGUUGAGAGGGUUGUUGAGUAUGUCGGUAUACCUCAAGAAGAACUCCAGGGAUCAGAAGCUCCUGAUAGAAGUUGGCCAACAGAAGGGAAGAUUGAGUUUGAGCAUGUAACUCUAAGGUACAAAGCGGACCUACCACCGGCUUUGAAUGAAAUCUCAUUCCAUAUUGAAUCUGGCAUGCAGGUUGGAAUAAUAGGAAGGACCGGAGCAGGAAAAUCCAGUAUACUGAAUGCACUUUUCCGUUUAACUCCAAUAUGCAAUGGUCGCAUCUUAGUAGACGGUUUUGAUGUGGCCAAAGUUGCUGUCCAAGAUCUUCGUGGACAUUUUGCAGUAGUACCCCAGAGUCCGUUUUUGUUUGAUGGUUCUUUGAGGGAAAACCUAGACCCUUUCGGUAUAACAACAGAUAUCAGGAUAUGGGAAGCUCUUGAAAAAUGCCAUAUGAAGGCAGAGAUAGAAUCAAUAGGAGGACUCAAUAUUCAUGUGAAAGAAAGUGGUGGAUCCUUUUCAGUAGGCCAGCGACAACUCCUAUGUCUCGCCCGUGCUAUCCUAAAAUCAUCAAAGGUACUUUGCCUUGAUGAGUGCACAGCCAAUGUUGACAAUCAGACAGCAUUCCUGUUACAGAAAACUAUUUCUGCUGAAUGCAAGGGCAUGACGGUCCUCACCAUAGCCCACCGCAUUUCAACUGUGAUGAAGAUGGACAAUAUUCUAGUUCUUGAUCAAGGCAAACUGGUUGAAGAAGGAAACCCGGAGGUUCUUAUGAAUGAUGACAGAUCAAGAUUCUCACGAUUUGCGAAGGCAUCUAUGUGAUCCUAGGAAAAUCAUGUGCCACUCUGUGUUGUACUACUAGAUGAAACACUAGCGCUUAGCUGCAUCUCUCACUUUGAUCAAUGAUACCGUCUUCAGCUCGCAUGCGCAUCUAAGAGCUUAUAGGAAGCCUGAUCCUCUAGCUUAUGAAUCGAUUUGUCGGAACUCAAGGUUUUCUGAAAUGGAUCUAGGAUAUAAUUUGUUAUA